AUGGGGGCAGACUGGCUCCUGUGGGCACUGCUCUUUGCCCUGGAGCUGAGCUCCCUGAAGGGUACCAGUGCCCAGGAUGCUGUAGCUCCUGCCCAGGUGGCCACGCAGCUGCCCCUGCUCAGGGCGCUGCUGCAAGAAGUGCCCGCAAAGACCCCCCCAAGGCAGCUGGCUCGAGGGCGCCCCCUGCAGUACAUGCUGGAGCUAUACCGGCAGAGCGCCGACCUGCAAGGUCACCCACGGGAGAACCGCACCUUCCGAGUCGAUGCUGUGAGGCUGGUGAGGCCGGCGGGCCACCGAGCACUGCCCCCCCGGGGUCCCUGGUACGUGCAAACCCUAGACUUCCCCCUCCAGCCAAACCAUGAGGGAUACCGGCUUGUGAGAGCUGCAGUUGCUUACCGUCCUCACCUCCGCCUGUCUCACUCCCAUCUCUCGUGCCAUGUGGAACCCUGGGCCCACAAGAGCUCCCUCCUCCUGGGGGGAGGCUCCCCAGGGUUUGCUCUGCCUGAGGCCUGGGCCGAGAUGGACAUCACCAAUUACAUUCAGCAGCAAUUCUGGCCUCAAGAGAGGAGGAGAACCCUUCGCAUUCAAGUCAAGUGUGAACAGCAAGACAGGACCGCGCUUGGCCUGGGCUGGAGGCAGGCACUGGCUACCGACACUGCUUUCCUGGUUCUGUAUUUCAACAACACUUUUAAUAGCAUGCCCCAAGCUGGUCUACAAGAACCUCUGGCAGGGGAUCCUGGGGUAGCUGAUCCCCUUUUGCUGGCCCGGCAAGUCCGUCAGGUGGACCCCAUGAGAUCCGAGGUGCCUGGCCCUUCGCCGGAGGAGACCCUGUGUUCUCUCCAUCCUUUCCGGAUUAGUUUCCGCCAGCUGGGCGUAGAAAACUGGAUCAUUGCCCCAAACCUGUACAGCCCUAACUACUGCAAGGGGUCCUGCCCUCGGGUGCUACACUCUGGCUUCUGCUCGCCCAACCAUGCUAUCAUUCAGAACCUCAUCAACGAGUUGGUGGACCGGAACAUCCCCCGCCCUUCGUGCAUCCCUUAUAAGUACACGUCCAUUAGUGUCCUGCUGGUCGAGGCCAGCGGCAGCAUCCUUUACAAAGAAUAUGAAGACAUGAUUGCUCAGUCCUGUACCUGCAGGUGA